AUGGACGCUGAUAUCACCCCGAUCCCCCGCUCGCGGGAGGAGAAUCAGGAGAGAGCCUUUAUCGCUGCGUCGCGGCGAAAAGAUCGCAGCCUGGAUGCACGGCUAGAAUCGGCCAAUAGGGCCUCUAUGCUGCACAAGAAACGCACAGGCAAGGGCUUUCACAUCACCAAGGAGAUUGUCGAAAGAGAAGCCAUGUAUGAAGAAGUCGACGAGCGCUAUGCAGAGAAGCGUAUCCGCAUGCUGCAAGCUCAGAACAUGCAAAUCGAACAACAGUUCCACCGCCAUCUGAUAGCAGCCUUUGGUAAUCGUCAGUCUCCUGGAUCUUCAAUCGCCAACCGCCGAGCGAGCACUUAUACACCCCGCCCAUCAGCGGAUGGUGGCCCUCGCAAAAUGAGCCUGGACCUGACCAACAUCCGCUCGUCCUUCCCGCAAGAUUCAAACUCCGUGGCAAGCCCCUUGGCAACAGGCGACGGCUACAUCCUCUCGCCAGCAACAUCCUUCGACAACAACGCCAAUUCCUACAUGGCCUGCAUGCCCGGCUCCGAGGCGCCAUACUCAAUGGUCACCCCCUCAACAGGCCCCAACUCAGCCCAGAUCCCAGAGUACGUGAAUCAGCAAGCCACCACCCCAGCAUGGAACACCCAAAUGCCGAACUGGGCCAUGCAACAGCAAGUCCCCACUCCAGGCCAAACCCCCACCGACCAAGUGCAAAUGUGGCAGCAAAGCAUGAUGCAGCAACCCACAGUGCCAGACACCAUCCAAAUGCAGCGCCAAUUCAGAGACCGAUUAGCCUCCGCGCCGGAAUUUCCUCUGCACCAAGCUCCACGGGUCGCGCAUUCGGGUUCCAUCACUGGCCCCACGCCCACUCCCUCUGGCCACUCGCGCGGCCAGUCGCAGCCCAGUAAUAGCUACCACAACCUCCACCUCCUUACCCAGAGCACGCACUUCGCUAUGCCACCGUCGAGCGCUAGCUCCCCUAGGAUUGAGGCGCUGUCUGCGGAGACGCACUCGACUCCUGAUUUCUGUCCUACGCCUCAUAGUCCCAUGUCGCCGACUGCUGCUGCUGCUCAGAUGAGUAUGCCUGCGCCUGUCAAGACGGAGAGUGGGAAUGGAAAUGGAAAUGAGGAUGGCAUUAUGGUGUCCAAUGAGGGGAUGGAUGCGGAUUAUUCGGAUUUCAGUCAGUUUGCUUUGCACUUGGGGAACUCGACUGUGCCGCUUUCUGAUCGUGAGCCGUUUGGCUUUGACGAUUUUGUCGCUGUUGACGAGUUUACCAGCGUUUCUUGUUGA